AUGAGCCCCGCCCAGGAGUCGCAGGAUGGGGGGGUCACCACGCUCCGCCUGCCCAAGGGCCAGAUCAGCGCCGCCAGUCCCGGAAGGUCGGCCGGCACCCCAGGCAGUUGGUCCUCGGCAGAGUUCUCUGCUCUAUCCCGUAGUCCGGACGGCUGGCCUCAGCCAUCCACCGUCCAGCUCCUACAGGGCAUAGGCGCCAUCGAGUUUCUAGAACAAGACGAAAGGCCGACCUUUCUUGUCGACCUUAGCGACCCUAUAAACUUUAACCCCGGCCCACUCCAUAUAGUGUUUGCCAACGCCUCCCUGAGAGCAACGCAGGGCAUCUUGGAGCUGCUGCAGGUGGACAUGGCAGAGUCGGGAGCUGAUGAUGACUAUGUCCGCUUUAAGGCGUGGGUGGUCAGCCUCGUGAGAGAGAAGGCGCCCGCAGAUGCAGGCCUGCCGUCUAUAUCGUAUGGGGGAAUCACUUGGUCGUGUUCGACACUCAGGAAGCGCUUCCGAUUUGUGUGUGGGAAUACCGGCUCCGUGUCGAGCACUCCGACAUCGCCAAGCCUGGCGGCGGCAUCGUCUUUGGUGACUGGCCAAAGAGCAAGGAGCCCGACGGUAGGCCGGGGACCUACCGCGCCGAGAGAACAGAGCGACUACUUUGGGGCGGUCGAGACGACCCAUGAACGGGCCCAUUCGGAGCCCAGAAGCAGGCCUGAAGCCGUGGCAGGCAGGCUUGCUUCUCCCAGCAGCGCUUUGGCUCCGCUCGUUCUUCCAGCGCAGCUACACACGACGUUUGAUUGGACUCGGAUACCAUUCGAUGACCCCAACCUAGGCGCCCACCACCAGUUUGCACGAUCCGUAGACUGGGCGUCAACCUCGCUGGGCCCUGUCGAGAACUGGUCUACAGAUCUCCGCAUCAUGUCCAAUAUGAUCAUGGGCAGCCCUCAUCCCGCAGCCAUGUACUGGGGUCCAGAAUAUGUCGCCAUAUACAACGAGGCCUACAUAGGAGUGGCCGGAAUGAAGCAUCCGCAGCUGAUGGGUUCGAGAUAUUGCGACGCCUGGUCCGAGAUUUGGGACGGGAUUCAGCCCGUGCUUGACGCGGCAUAUACCAACGGAGAUGCGACGAUGAAGCACGACGACACCCUCUUUCUCACUCGUCACGGCUUCUUAGAAGAGACCUUCUUCAACUGGGCCAUCAUCCCCUUGGUCGGCGGCGACGGAACAGUGGUCGGCCUCUACAACCCCGCCUUUGAGAACACGCGGCGCAAGGUCAACGAGCGCAGGAUGCUCACCCUCCGCGAGGUUGGCGUCAAGACUUCGCAGGCGCGCGAUGUCAAGGGCUUCUGGAGUCAAGUCCAGAAAGGACUCGAAUACAACCCGCUCGACGUUCCUUUUGCCCUAAUCUACUCUGUCGUAGAGGACAGCGAGAGCGAGGUCUCCUCCAUGAAUUCGGCGAGUUAUUCGAGCCCACCAAUGGUGGUCUUGGAAGGGUCCCUGGGAGUUCCGGAUGGCCAUCCCAUUGCGGCCGCUCUGAUCGACUUGAAGUCCAACGACGAGGCGUUUGCGCCGUACAUGAGAGACUCGAUGACUGACCCAACCGGGGCCAAUCCCAUCAUACUCAGCCGCGAGAACGGCACCCUACCGGAUCACCUGGUACAGGGCUUGGCGUGGAGGGGGUUUGGCGAUCCGUGUCGGACUGUUGUCGUGUUUCCAGUGCACCCCACGACGGCGGGCGAGACGAUAGUUGGCUUCAUUGUGCUGGGCGUGAACCCUCGGCGGCCCUAUGACGAGAACUAUCGGCUGUUUGUCACGCUCCUCGACCGACAACUUGCGACGUCAAUGGCGUCGGUCGUGCUGUUCGAGGAAGAAAUUAAGCGGGGGCAGCGAGCUGCGCGCCUCGCCGCCAUAGACCGGCAGGAGCUGUCAAUGCAAUUAUACAUUCGGACCCAGGAGGCAGUUGAGAGCGAGUAUCGCUUCACGAGGAUGGCCGAGUUUGGGCCGGUGGGGCUAUUCAUCGCCGACAGCAACGGGCACAUUAAUUACUGCAACGAGAUGUGGUGGAAAAUAUCCGGCCACGCAAGGAGCACGAGCACGCUCGAUUCCUGGAUGGAGAGCAUUCGGGACGAGGAUCGGCCCGAGGUCGAGCGCGUCUGGCGGCAGCUUGUCGAUGGCAAGACGGCCGUAACCCACGAGUUUCGGUUCAAGCACACGCGGGGGCUCGUUGACGGCCGGUCGGUCGAGACUUGGGCCCUCAUGAGCGCUUAUCCGGAAAAGGACGACCGUGGCGGGCUGAAGAGCAUAUUUGGCUGCAUCACUGACAUCUCGCAGCAGAAGUGGGCUGAGGAUCUCCAGAAGCAGAGGUGGGACGAGGCUGUCGAAGUGAAGCGGCAGCAGGAGAACUUUAUCGACAUCACAAGUCACGAAAUGCGGAACCCGCUGAGUGCUAUCCUCCAGUGCGCCGACGAGAUCUCGUCGGGCCUGAAUCGUUACAAGCUGUUAGAUACGCCUUCGCAAGCCAGCGCCUUGGGAGUGCUGGUCGACAGCUGCAUAGAGGCGGCUAACACCAUCUCUCUCUGUGCGAGCCACCAAAAGCGGAUUGUCGAUGACAUCCUAACCCUGUCGAAGCUCGACUCAAAACUGCUGCUCGUGACGCCCGUCGAUGAGCAGCCCGUCACCGUCGUGCAGAAUGUGCUGAAGAUGUUUGAGCCUGAGCUGAAUUCAAACGAAAUCUCUGGCGGCUUUCAAGUCGAGCAGUCGUACCGGGACUUGGCCGUCGAUUGGGUCAAGAUAGACCCCUCGCGCCUUCGCCAAGUCCUCAUAAAUCUAAUAACGAACGCCAUCAAGUUCACACAGGGCCGGCCGACGCGGUCGAUUGUGAUUAGUCUCGGGGCAUCCAAAGAUGCAGUCCGAAAUGAUAUCUCGUACAUCCCCCCUCGUCAUCCGGACCAGGCCGACAUUACCGACGAGGCGGACUGGGCCGAAGGCGAAAAAAUCAACCUGCAUCUGGCUGUCACCGACACCGGCCCGGGGCUGGACGAUGACGAGAAAAAGAUUCUCUUUCAGCGCUUUUCCCAGGCCAGCCCCAGGACCCACGUCCAAUACGGCGGCUCCGGGCUGGGGCUGUUCAUUUGCCGGAUCCUUACCGAGCUACAGGGCGGGCAGAUUGGCGUGCUGUCCCGGAAAGGCGAGGGCAGCACGUUCGGCUUUUACAUUAAGAGCAGGAAAGCAGAAGAUCCCUACCUGAGCCUGGUUUCAGAAACCCGGAGCCCGGUCGUGCAUGUGUCCAGCGGGCCAGUGCAGCAGACCCAACAUGCAGCAAAGCCCGAAGUUCCUGCCGCCCCUAUUGGAGGACCGCUGCUAGAACGAGUGGCUUCUGUUCCUUUCCGAGACCUCAAUUCUGCCAGGAACCUGGAUAUCCUGAUUGUCGAGGAUAACCUAGUAAACCAGAGAGUGCUGAACCGGCAACUGCAGCUUUCAGGAAACAACACGUGGGUUGCCAACCAUGGCGGCGAGGCAUUACAAGUAAUCCGAAGUUCCCGCUUCUGGGAUGGGAAGGCUGUUGCCCGCAGCGCGGUCCCGGAGCUGUACUCCGCUAGCACCACCGCUCCGCUGCCUGGCGGCAAGGAAAAUAAUCUAAACAUAUCGGUAAUCUUGAUGGACCUAGAAAUGCCUGUCAUGGACGGAAUGAGCUGCACGCGCGAGAUCCGGCGGCUAGAGGGCGAGGGCAUAAUCACACAUCACAUACCCAUCAUAGCCGUCACCGCCUAUGCGCGGCCUGAGCAGGUCGAGGACGCAAAGGCCGCUGGUGUCGUAAGUUUGCUCCACCUAUUAACAGGCGCUCCUCAAAUAAGCUGUAGACUUUUGUUUGCUAACUGA